CUGAAGCGAGUGCAGGCGGACCGGGCUCGCGCUCACAGCUAGCCUCGCUGUAAGCUAACGGUAGACGAAGGUAAACAUGGAGCUGUCGGCUGUCGGAGAGAGGGUGUUCGCGGCCGAAUCGAUCAUCAAGAGACGAAUACGACGGGGUCGAAUGGAAUAUCUCGUGAAAUGGAAGGGCUGGUCACCCAAGUACAGUACUUGGGAACCUGAGGAAAAUAUUCUCGAUUCUCGCCUUUUCGUUGCCUUUGAAGAGAGGGAACGUGAGAGAGAAAUAUUUGGGCCCAAGAAAAGAGGACCUAAGCUCAAGACUUUUCUUCUAAAGGCUCAAGCUAAGGAAAAGGCCAAGUCUUAUGAAUUUAGGAAUGAUUCUUCCAGAGGUAUUCGUGUUACAUAUUCCAGUCCAGAGCCUGUUGUAACCCCUAGAGCAAGAGAGGGCCUACGUGCUGUGGUGCCCACAAUUUUUCCUCCCAGCACAGUCAACCGAGGGGAAAGUGUGCGGCUUCCACCUCCAGAACCAAGGGAGCAACAUUCUCCGCACUCACCCAGACCCAGUGCUGAUACAUUUAGACUUACCCCUAAAAAGAGGGGACGGAAACCCAAACUAUGCUUCACAGAUGUAUAUUUGAGCUCCUUGAAUCCAGAGCCAGCAAAAAGAGUAGCAGAAGAAACCAUGGCAAGCAUUCCUUCCAAAAUGGCAAAGUUAGGUUUGGGAGGAGAAGAAGAGGAAGAAGAAGAAGAAGAUAUGUGCUCUGACAUAAGUGAGAGAAUUAAGUUAUCUCACAAGCACCUGGGUGCUACAUAUUCCCUGAAACAGAACAGAGUUGUAGCCAGCAGAAGCACUCAGCAAAUUUCUGCAGAGUGGAGUUUGCAUUCAAACAGAGUGGAUGGAGAUUUACAGGACAGCAGAACUAAAGAGCAAACAAGCCACUUUCACCAUAAACACCUUUCAAAACGAAGCACGUUUGAACAGGUCGAUUCUAACAGACAGCCUUCGCUUAUCGCCAAAAUCCCAGUGUCGCGCAUAUACGGAGAGCCCGAUGAGGCAGACAGGUGGAGACCUUCCCUUAGCAAUGUGGAGAAGGUCGUAGUUACGGAUGUGACCACGAACUUUCUGACUGUAACGAUCAAAGAGAGUAGCACAGACGAAGGCUUCUUCAAAGACAAAAGAUGAUUAUGCUGUAACAUUCUUCACAAGUCCUUUAUUAUAAAAAACAUUCUAUGUAUUGUAUAUAAAUGUUCUUAUUACUUUUUCUGUCACACCGAAAAAUUGUGAAAUUGCUAAUUUAAAAGUUUUGCAUGCACUAGACUUGUUAAACAAAGCUGUUGUAAAUGGAAAUGCGCCCAGAUAAACAUGGGCCUUGGAAUUUUUUUUUAUUAUUUUAUUUUCUUUUGUAAAUCGUUUUUAAUCACAUUUCGUUAAAUAUAUAUGUAUAUACAUUGAAUAAUGAAAUGUAUCUCAGAUUAAUAUUAAAAACAAAUUUACUUGUAAACUAAAAGUUGAAAAAUUGCACACUUGGCGCAAUUAAGUUUGUAAUUAUU